CGGUUUCUUUAAUUUAUGUAUCAGCUUUAGGGAAGGCAUGAUUCAUGUGUCUCCGGUAAUAUAUUUAGUCACCGUCCGUAAAUCCAUUUUUGUUUCUAUAUAGCUAUUAUGUAUGCAGGUUUCAAAUACAACAACUAUAAUAUAUUGUCAAGUCUAUCUAAACACGAAAUCCAAUCCUAAGCAGUAAGCACUGCCCGCAUUUUUUCCACCCUAGAUCUUGUUAGACCCAACUUAAGCUUAUCUCCGUCAAAUCAAUUCAUCAGUGUCUUUCCCUGGAGUUAUGGGCUACAACUCAACAGAUGGUUACCUAAAAAUUUUGGAUGAACUCAUCGAUGAAUAUUACCUUCCUGCAAACAUGAUAAAUAAGCUGAUGGGUUACAUGAAGUCCAUAUACCGAUCAGAUCUGCAAAAUAAUUACAGCGCACCCAUGUUAUGGAUUGGGAUGUAUAUUGCCUUAGCAUCUUUGGUUUGCAUCCUUGCCAUGGUAGCUGAUUUGUUACAUGGAUUACGUAGCCGAAGGCUAUGGUUUCCGUGUAGAUAUUUUAAACUUAAUGCUGCUUUUCUCGCUGUCAUAUCUGUGGCAAUGAAGUUACCUGUGGAUCUAAGUGGUUCCAUGCCUGGUGAUGUGGACCAAGUGGCAAAGCUCGGAAGCAUGGCUUUUAUGUGCACCAUCAUGGCUAAUUUAUUGCCUUGUUUAGCAACCAUGGGCAGCAAUGAACUUUUGUCAAACGUCACAGGUUUGUGUAUUUUUGUAAUCACUAUGGUUGUUAAUGUUUGCAUCCAAAUAUCAACUGGGGUUGUAUCCUACAAGGAAGAUGCCAAAGUAAUUCAGAAGGUUUCACCUAAUUAUGAUAUUAAAAUAAGUAAACAUCGCAAUACUGUGCUAGCCUCCAUUUAUGUGGCUUUGUCACUUGUGUUGUUGAUGGUACAUGUAUGUUCAUCUUUAGCGAUUUUAAAAUCCAAAAAGAUUAUAGAAUCAAAAUACCAACAACGUCAUGAGAGAGCUUCAAAAAAGAUUCAACCAUCACCAGGAGAAUUGUUAAUGGUUGAGAAGCUACAAGAGUAUGUGAGAAACCACUGGAUCAUGGCAGGAAGCGGCAGCCCCCAAUUCAUAACCGCCUGCUUUCGUACGACAUCUGCUUCUGGGGUAAUAUGUGUUUUAGUCACUAUCUUACACACACUUACUAUGUCUUGGACUAUUGAAGCUAUUUUUACCAAGGAUUGUGAUUCGGAUUAUGGUUGGUCCAUGAUAGCAAUUCUUAUAGUACAGUUUAUCGGUGUCGUGAUUGGUACAAUUGCACCAUUUUCUAGAUGUUUUGCAACCUUAAGCUUUAAAGUGUCCUUCAAAAUCAUUUCAAAUCAUUUUAAGGUCUUUGAAGUAGAAAGCUACUGGACUAGCAAGUUAUAUUCUUGGAAACGUGCUAGUAUAAAACUCCCGAUUCGUAGCCACAACCUCAAGGUGGUCGUCGAGGCUUUGAAAAGGCUAGUUCUAAUCUUUUGUAUAGAGCUACAGGAGGGAGUUGUGGUGGUAUGCAAGAUAAUAGCCUUGAUUCCGUUUGUCUUUAUGAUAUGUCUCUUGUAUUCUUUCCGUUUUUUGAAGUGGUUACCAAAAGCAAUGAUUAUUUCAUUGGGAGAAAACACUACAGAAAGAAACAAAGAUCUUCGUCCAUAUGUUUUGUGUCUUGAAGAUGAGAUGGAGCUUGGUGAAAGAACACUGGAAAGCCUUUCCAAAUCUGUUAACGAAAUGAUCCAAAAGGGUGAAAAGAGGCAACCUGAAAAUCUCAAUCUCAGAGAGUUAAUUCAAGGAAUAUCAAAUAGUGGUUUCCAAGGACUUGCAAAGUUUGACCACAUUGAUCCCAAUCGUGUUCCAUCUUUAGGAUCAACGGUACAAUAUCAUGAUAGUUGGAGCUUACCGGUGGUAACCCUAACAACCAUCGCCGUUUCUCUUCGACAGAAUGAAGGUGAAAGCUUGUUCAAAAGUGUGAGGGAAGGUCUAGUAUAUGUCAACAUUGUAGAAGAAUGCCUCAAUGUUACUAAUGACCAUGUCAGCAUUCGAAAAGAAGCUGAAACUUUGUGGAAAGAAGUUGAGGUGGAGCACAAAUGGUUAGGACACAAGUUUCAAGACCUUCCUCCUCAUGUGAAAACAGCUCGACAGAUUGUUGAAUGGUUCAGGGAUACAACUAAAACCAUAGAUCACGAAGACGGAAGUAAUGGAGAAAAAAAUGAUGAUUCCAGACACAGGUCUAUCUGUGCCAACUCAAUGUAUCAUAUAACCAAGACAAUGCUAAUCGACAAUGAAAACAUUGAGAAUGUCAGCCACGAACAACUAUUCAAAGAUAUAUCUUCAACGAUCGCUGACAUAAUAGCCGCUUGUCUCACUAACUUACCACAAGUCAUAACAAUGAAAUGCCACACUGGUGAGAUAGAGAAAAGGGAGGCUGGUGUAAAAGACGCAGCCCUGCUUCUAGGUGAGACUAAAGAAAUAAUCGAUACCCUUUAUAAAGAUGGCGAUAAUAAUAUUCCAUGCAUGAAUCCAAGUGACUUGCCAUUUAUCAGCAAUUGGCGUGCCCAUUUAAGAAAUCCCUAAUUCCCCAUGAAACCUUUCGGUUCUUCAAGUAAUGAAGAUGAUCGAAUAAGUUCCUUCAAGAAGUUAAUUUGCACGAUCUAGCUAUUAGCCUCCAGAAAGUAUUUUGACUUGCUGGUAAAUUGUUUUCAUUUGUGUGUGUAUAUAUGUUUGUGCGGUUUUGAGGAAUAUUUGGACACCUUUGUAUUCUGUUCUUACUCCCCAUUAGUGUUUAUGCUAUCUUAUUAAAAUGGUUGCACCUAUCUUGGGUUU